AUGCAUGUGUACUCCAGAUUUCUCCUCGGCUUCGUCGUCCUCUUCGGCACUCCGGACGGCGCGAGAGUCUUCUAUCUUUUCAAGCGCGGCUGCAGCCGUGGUGCUGCUCAACUGGGGGCGCCAUGCCAGAAGGGUAUUGGCCAGCCGUCAGCCUGGCAUUGCAUCGCGCACCCGUUUCGUUGCACAGUCAGGGCAGUGUGCUUCCGCCCGAACAUAUUAUUCGAUUUUCAGCGCACGCUGCAGCGACGCGAUGAGGAGACGGGGCGGCAGAGAAGCAUUGCGAAUAGCAUAAAAAUCCUCUGCGGUAGUUAUUCUUCGCCCAGGGACCCCAGGGGCCGCGCCACUCUCGCGAAGUAG